ACAACAAAGAAAAACGAAUGGUCUUCUUAGAGAGAGAAGGAGGGCGUGCAUGAGAGAGAAAUGAUUGUCAGAUCUUCUCUCUCCUCUCCCCUUUUUUCUUUUCUCACACACCAAAAACAGAGUCUUCAGAGAGAGAGAGAGAGAGAGAGACGGAUACAGAGGGAGGAAGGGAGAGAGAAGGGGGUAAAAGCGCAAGUAGCAGCAGAACUACCACCCACUGGCAGUACUUCAACUACAGUCUUCAUGCUUCUUCCUCACCACCAUUACCAGUGACACCUCGCUGUUCCUUUUCCAUUACUGGAAACAGAGACCGAACCCCCCCAUGUUCAUUUUCAUCUCUUUCCUUUUCCUUCAGAAGAACCCCUCACGUGAGCUCGAACUCGGGUUUCGUCAUCUCCAUCGUCGUCCUCAUGCUUGAAUCGUUGAAUUCUGCUAGUCUUCAUCUGGGUUUCUGUGUUUGAGAGAAAAUCUUGCUUUCUUGAAUCUUGGGAUCCAGUUUCGUCGUUGCCUUUGUAUCUGGGGGUUGUGCUUUCUUGGGUUUGGAGUUAUUGGGCCUCAAUCUCGUUGAAUCAGAAGCUUCUUGAGCAGCUGAAGAUGGUGGGUUCUGUUCUCUGAGGACUCGGGUUAUGAAGUUUCUUACUCGAGUUUGGGAACAUUUUGUGGCGAUUUUCUAUGGUUUCAAAUGAAAUUGACUGAGAGCGAAUGAGGCUGAAAUGGAUUGUGUUUUGUAGCGGAACUGGGUUUGGUUGAAGGUUCUGGGAUGGAUCAUUAUCUGUGGUUUCAGCAUUAUAAAAAGGUCUUGAGCUAGACCAGCUUUGAGUAGUUUGAAGCAGUUCAAUAAGAUGGAGUAUGUGGAUUUGAUUUUGGGGGUUUUGUCAGAGAAGGUGAUGGGGAUGCAAAAGUCUGGUGUUAUAUUAUGAAGGGAAAAUCGCGGUAAAAAGAAAAAAAAGUUUUUCUUGGUCAGUGCAGUGGGUUGUGUACUUGUAUCCAGAGAAUUUUAGUGAAAAUAAAAGAAGGUUCACAAUUUUGGAUCUCCUUUAGUGGGGGUUGAUUUUUUCUUAAAGAAGUUCAGAUUUCAGAGUUCCGCUGAAAUUUGGAUUUUGCAGUUCUGAUUGCCAAAAAAAUGAGGCUGUCUUCUGCAGGUUUUUCUCCCCAAACCCAGGAAGGUGAAAAGAGAGUUUUGAAUUCUGAACUUUGGCAUGCUUGCGCUGGUCCUCUUGUUUCUUUGCCUGCUAUCGGAAGCAGAGUUGUCUACUUCCCUCAGGGUCAUAGCGAGCAGGUUGCAGCAUCGACCAAUCAAGAGGUAGAUGCUCAAAUUCCUAACUACCCAAGCUUGCCUCCACAACUUAUCUGCCAGCUUCACAACGUGACAAUGCAUGCAGAUAUUGAGACGGAUGAAGUAUAUGCUCAAAUGACAUUGCAACCUCUUAGUCCACAAGAGCAAAAGGAAGCAUACCUUCCAGCAGAAUUAGGCUCCCCCAGCAAGCAACCCACAAAUUACUUUUGUAAAACAUUGACUGCCAGUGAUACCAGUACACAUGGUGGUUUCUCAGUUCCUCGCCGGGCAGCUGAAAAAGUGUUCCCACCUUUGGAUUACUCCCUACAGCCUCCAGCCCAGGAAUUAAUUGCAAGGGAUCUUCAUGACAACGAAUGGAAAUUUAGGCAUAUAUUUCGCGGUCAGCCAAAGAGGCAUCUUCUUACAACAGGAUGGAGUGUGUUUGUUAGCGCUAAAAGGCUUGUUGCUGGUGAUUCAGUGCUCUUUAUAUGGAAUGAGAAGAACCAAUUACUUCUCGGGGUUAGACGUGCUAAUCGACCUCAAACUGUGAUGCCAUCAUCAGUUUUAUCAUGCGACAGCAUGCACUUGGGUCUUCUUGCAGCUGCAGCCCAUGCAGCUGCAACAAAUAGCCGCUUCACCAUAUUUUAUAACCCAAGGGCUAGCCCAUCUGAGUUUGUCAUAUCCCUGGCCAAAUACAUCAAAGCUGUUUAUCAUACACGCGUUUCUGUUGGCAUGCGCUUUCGGAUGCUUUUCGAAACAGAAGAAUCUAGUGUCAGGCGCUAUAUGGGAACUAUUACAGGCAUAUGUGACUUGGAUCCUGUUCGAUGGCCAAAUUCGCAUUGGCGAUCUGUGAAGGUCGGAUGGGAUGAAUCCACGGCUGGGGAGAGACAGCCAAGAGUGUCACUGUGGGAGAUUGAACCACUUACAACAUUUCCGAUGUACCCAUCUCCCUUUCCCCUAAGGCUCAAACGCCCUUGGCCACCUGGACUACCCUCUUAUGGCCUCAGGGAUGAUGAUAUGGGAAUGGCUUCUCCAUCGAUGUGGCUUCGAGAUGGAGACCGAGGAAUUCAGUCCCUAAAUUUCCAGGGGAUGGGGUUGACACCGUGGAUGCAACCGAGGCUGGAUGCGUCCAUGCUCGGGUUGCAAACAGACAUGUACCAAGCUAUGGCUGCCGCAGCUCUACAGGAAAUGAGAGCCGUGGAUCCCUGCAAGCUGGCUGCCACAUCCCUUAUGCCUGUUCAGCAUGUGCAGAACAUACCAAGCGCUUCCGCUUCUUUGGUGCCGUCCCAAAUGUUGACGUCAACUCAGCCUCAGCAGUCUCUUCUCCAAGGGAGUAGAGAGAGCCCCCAUCAUUCAGUUUCUCAAGAUCAAGUGCAGUCUCACCUUCUCCAGCGACAGCUGCAGCAUCAGAACUCGUUUACUAAUCAACAGCUGCCACAGCAAGAGCAGCUGCGGCAGCAGCUGGUCAACCAGGAGCAGAUUCCAAGUGCUUCUUCCCCGUCUCAAUUCACUUCGGCCUCUCAGUCUCACACUGCAUCAUUGCAAACCAUGCCUUCCCUUUGCCAGCAACUGAGCUUUUCUGAUUCAACUGGCAAUCCUGUCACUAGCCCUGUUGUCUCUCCCCUGCAGACCCUCUUGGGCUCUUUUACUCAAGAUGGGUCACCCCAUCACCUCAACUUGCCCAGGACCAAUUCCUUGGUGUCCCCUUCUUCCUGGCCGUCAAAGCGAGCUGCAAUUGAAUCUCUUGUUCCUUCAGGGGCUUCCCAAUGCGUUCUGCCUCAGAUGGAUCAGCUGGGCCCGCCUCAGAAUAAUCUUUCUCCAAGUUCUGUCUCAUUGCCACCUUUUCCUGGCAGAGAAUGUUUGGAUCAAGAAGUCACUGACGUGCAGAGCCAUCUUUUAUUUGGAGUUAAUCUAGAACCCUCAUCACUUCUGAUGCAAAAUGGGAUCUCGAGCCUAAGGGCUGUUGGCAGUGAGAGUGACUCGACAUCCAUGCCCUUCCCUUCUAACUAUAUCAGCAACAGUGGUGCAGACUUUGCACCUAAUCCAUCGGUGGCCCCUCCCAGUGGCAUCGAUGAUUCUGGUUUUCUGCAGUCACCAGAAAAUCUGAAUCAUGUAAACCCACCGACUAGAACCUUUGUUAAGGUUUACAAGUCAGGGUCCUUCGGCAGGUCACUAGACAUCACGAAAUUCAGCAGCUACAACGAGCUGCGGAGUGAGCUUGCUCACAUGUUUAGCCUUGAAGGCCAGUUGGAGGACCCUGUGAGAUCAGGCUGGCAGCUUGUAUUCGUAGAUAGGGAGAAUGAUGUUCUUCUCCUUGGUGAUGGCCCUUGGCCGGAGUUUGUGAACAGUGUGUGGUGCAUCAAGAUACUCUCACCUCAAGAAGUCCAGCAAAUGGGCAAACGAGGUCUGGAGCUUCUGAGUUCCGUCCCUGUUCAGAGGCUCUCGAACGGCAGUUGCGAUGAAUUCACAAACAGACAGGAUUCUAGAACCAUGAGCUCCGGAAUACCAUCUGUGGGGUCUCUUGAUUAUGGAACUCUAUGACCACUUAAGAUGCGAUUUCCUCCUGUAAUAUUCAGUCUUGUCCAGGCCAUCUGUGGUUGGGAAAAACGACUUGCUUAGCUCUUACCGUAGAUCGUAACACUUAUGCGUAAUUUAGCACUGUAAUGAUAUUUGCUUCUCUCCCA